AAAAUGACGACCGUCGAACCCAAAGCCAACAUAACAGAUGAAAUAUUGGAUGGACUGAGUGACCGAGAUAUCAACGAUCUGGCUAUUUUCUUGAGCGAUCUUGAUACGAACUCAGCAGUGCUAGGUACUGGAGAAAGUGUUCCACCAAGUGAGCGAACUGCUUACCACUCGGAUAAAAGCGCAUCGGACGGAUUCGAUCGAAACAAGUUAUUGAACUUUUUGGACAAGCAAGCCGCUCAGUAUCAACCCAAAGGCCACUAUGAGCCGUAUACAGGUGAAAAGAAAGGCAAGCCUUACCGAGCCAAGAAAGAGGUGCGAAAAUACGAAGUUCGAGGUGAUCAAGCUGAUAAAGUCCCAACUGCCGAAGACUGGGAAAUGAUGAUUGACGCUGCCAGCGAAGAGGAUAUAGCAGAUAUGGCUGCUCUACUUGGCCUGGGCCAUUUGGUUAAUCAAGACCAGUACCAGGCUGCUCAGAUGAUACUGGAGGAGGAUAAAAAAGAGAGAUUUGGAAAUAAAGAUGGCAAGAAUACUAGUGGCCUUGAAGAGAAUGUUGCCUUGAAAUCAACUGGGAAGAUGGAGACUCUAACUCCGUCCAAAGUUAAAGGUGGGACAAUUAAAAUGGAUAUACCUCUGAAGAUUGGAAGUGAGAUUAAUACCGUGGACGUGAAUGAUGUGGUAAAAAGAGCAUCAGACAAUGAUCAGAGCUUGACUGAGAUUAACUUGAACAACAUCAAGAAUAUCUCCAAGGAGAAAUUCGUGCGUUUGUUCAAUGCACUAAAAAACAACCGCACAGCUAAGAAAAUACAGUUGGCAAACACGCGAAUGGAAGACUGUGUAGCUUUUGCACUGGCCGAUAUAAUUGAAAACAAUGAUGUCAUCGAGGUGCUGAACGUUGAAAGUAAUUUCCUCUCUGGAAGUGGAGGUGUUUUGCGACUUUGUGAGGCUGUUGAGAAAAACACUACUCUGAAAGAACUGAGAAUUGCAAAUCAGUUCACAAAAGCAGGUCAAGCAGUAGAAAUGAAACUAGCCGAUAUGUUGCAGGCCAAUAAGACUUUGAUUAAGUUUGGUCAUAAUUUCGAUGCCCCUGGACCUAGAAACUCAGCAACGGCGGCUAUACAGCGGAAUGUAGAAAUCAGCCGGAAAAUAAGACGCGGCGAUUUUGAUGACUCUGCGCGACAGCCUGAAGUCUCUGAAAAAGAUCCUAAGGCUAGUGCUCAAAUGGAAAGGAAAAAGGAGCAGAUGAAACAGAUCCUGGAGAAAAUGGUUGAAGUCGAGCAGAAAGAAGCCGAGCAAGCAGUUACUGCUAAGCCUGAGUCGUACAAAGAACGAAUGAAGGACAUGGUUCCGAGAUGGGAACGUCUAGGAAUACCAGAUCCCAGGCGACCAAUCUCUGUGGAUCUUACUGACGAGCUAACGAACAUGAUGGAGGACGAUACUGCUGGAGGAACUGGAUCUGUAGCCAGGGACGAUGAAAGCUCCAAUGCUGGAAACGAAGAUCCCUCAAUUGGAGGUGAAGACGACUCAAACAACGAAGAUGACGAUGAAGACGACGAUGAUGAUGACGACGACGAUGAUGAUGAUGAUGAUGAAGACGAUGGAGGCAUAGUGUAAGCGAUACAUGAAUUAUUAACAUUGUAAACACUAUAAUUUUACGCAUAAUUUCAAUCUUCGGAGUUCAAUCUAUUGGUCAAAGAAACUCAAUUUAUCAAUUCGAAUGCCCGUUUUGUGAAAAAAAACUAACACUAACUACUGAAUCAAGCGUGAAAUCGUGUAAUAGAAUUUUAUACAGCAAAGUCAUCCACUCAUGCUAUAAUUUUUGAUACAAAUUUAUUAAAUUAUAGUCCCUAGCGCUGAAUUUUGCUUUUGUAGUUUGACUGCUCGGAAUUUCACUACCAAUUUCAAAUGCUUUGUUUUUCAAUCAAAGAAUUAUGCGGUUGUUUCAAUAGUGACUGGAGUUGAACUCAGGCUUGUGAUGUUUAAUUCGUGGUCAGUAUUCGGGAUUUAUACAAACUGGAAAAAAAUUAAUAUAAAUUUAAAUUUCUGAUUUUC